AUGAAUCCCACUCAAAUCGAGCGCAUCCUAGCCAACUGCCAGAUCAUCUGGGGAAAAGGCGACUAUGGUAUCACCUUGGAAGACGAAGACGAUACCUUCUGGGCAGAGGUCAAGGACUAUGAGAGUACCCACAAGCAUGGCCCUACACUGACUAUGACCGGAGUAUGCAAUUCGCCAGACGGAGCAUUGGUCGAGCUAGACCGGAUGCUAUUUUUAUGGGCUCAACAAGCCCAGAGCGAACAGCCAAUGACGAAGGAGGAGGGCCUGGCUAUUUUUGGUGGGCCAAGGGGGGAGAAUGAGCCGAUCUUGAAGAUGUUUAUGGCUGCGAUGGAGGCGGAGGGGAGGCAAUCGAGCGGAUGA